AUGUCUGAAACCGAUUCAAAGAUCUCUGAUAAGAAGCCCUCCGAGGAGCAAGUCCCAACCUUCUUGAAAUGUAAGGGUGAUAGACUAAACCAAGCCAUCGUCGGUUUGUGUGGUGUUGGUUUUUUCCUUUUCGGAUAUGACCAAGGUGUCAUGGGAUCGCUUCUUACCCUUCCUACGUUCCGUGCUCGUUUCCCAGAAAUCGAUACUGUUUCUAAUGAAGAAGAGAGUUACGCUAUCAUGCAAGGCUUGACCAUUGGUCUCUAUGCCGUUGGUUGCUUGGUUGGUGCUCUUUCUACAAUGUACAUUGGUGACAGGUUUGGUCGUGUUAAGUUGAUUUUCUGGGGCUGUGUGGUGAUUAUCAUUGGUGGUGUUUUGCAAGCAGCUGCUACAAGUACUGAUUUCUUGAUUACUGCUCGUGUGAUUUCUGGCGUUGGAAAUGGUAUUCUUACAGCCACUGUCCCUCUUUAUGCCGCUGAGUGUUCUAAGGCUUCCAGCAGAGGUAAGUCUCUCUGUAUCCAAGGUGCUUUGAUUACACUUGGUAUUUGUGUUUCGUACUGGAUCGAUUUCGCUUUUUACUUUACCGAACAGUUUGGUGAAGUUUCAUGGAGAUUUCCAAUCGCUUUCCAACUUAUCUUCCCACUUGGUAUCACAUUCUUUGGUUACACUUUCCCAGAAUCACCAAGAUGGCUUGUUGGUCAGAACAGACCAGAAGAAGCCGCCAUCGUUUUCGCUGCUUUGUACGAUACCCUUCCAAGCGACCAGUUUGUGCAGAGUCUUAUUCUGGACAUUCAGGCUUCCUUGAAAGCUGAAGAAAACGCUGGUGGUGGUGCCAACUUCUCGCCAAAGGCUCUUCUUUCCCAAGGUGAACGUAAGAACUUCCAGAGAGUCAACUUGGCUGGUUGGUCUCAGGUUAUGCAGCAGAUCUGUGGUAUUAACUUGAUUGCUUACUAUGCUGGUACCAUUUUCGAGGAGUACAUUGGCCAGGGUCCUAUGGAAUCCAGACUUUUGGCUGCUUGUAACGGUCUUGAGUUUUUCCUUGCUUCGCUUAUUCCUAUCUGGAUCAUUGAAAGAGUCGGUAGAAGAGUUUUGUUUUUGUUUGGUUCCGUUGGCUGCUGCUUGAGUAUGCUUUUCCUUACUGUUUCUAUGGAAAUGGCUCACCAGGGCCACGAGGGUGGUGAGAUUGGUGCUGCUUUCUUGUUGUUCGCUUUCAACACUUUCUUCGGUAUGUCUCUUUUGUCCCUUACCUGGUUAUACCCUCCAGAGGUCUCCUCGUUGGAAGUCAGAGCUCCUACCACUGCCAUUUCCACCGCUUGUAACUGGGCAUUCAACUUCUUCGUCGUCAUGAUCACCCCAAUCUGUUUCAACAGAAUCGACCACUACACUUACCUUAUUUUCGCCGGUAUCAACUUCUGCAUGGUUCCUGUCUUUUACUUCUUGUACCCAGAGACCAAGGGCAGAUCUUUGGAAGAGGUGGACUUGAUUUUCGCUGCCACUCCAGCCUGGAAACCAUGGCAAUCGGUCAAGAUUGCCCAGACUUUGCCUUUCCGCCACGAGACAGCCGCUGUCGACGAAGAAAACCUCAAGGGUUACGACGACAAGCCUUACUCUGAUAGUGACAACAGCAGCGAAGGUGUGGAAAGAGUCAAUGGUCAAAAGGACGGGCUCUUGGAGCUGGGCUCUGAUGAGAAGAAGAAUUCUGAGGAGGCAAAGAACUAG